GGGUUUCCCGGGCGGGACGGCCUCGCUCUGGUCAUAGGACGGUUUUUAAAAAGGAGGAAGAAACCGACGAGGGCGGCGGAGAGCAUACUGACCUCACAAUUGGCUUUGAUACGCUUGGGGAAUUUUAUACAGCAUGGUUAUGAACUGUCAGUUUAUCAGAGAAGACCGUGAUAUAAAGUCUUUACUCCUGCCAUCUUGUAAAGACCUCUUCUGGUACCUACGGACUGAGUUUCUAAGAGACUCGCAACAUUAAGAGCAUGGAAACUACUGAAGUAGAAUUUUUGACCAAUCAAGUUCAGCGGUUGAAUUCCGCACUCAGGCAAUACCAAGCACAAGAACUGUCCAAACCUGCUGUUGAUCAGACAGGACACCUGGAAGAAUGUCAUUCUCCUGUCCCCUGGCUGACAGAUAAGAGCCUAAUGGCACCUCUUAUAAUAGAAUAUGACAAGAACAUGGAAGAAUUGAAUGAACAGAUAUGUUACUACCAGACUAAGAUGAAUGAGAUGAAGUUAAACCUUGAAAGUGUCAUAAGAGAAAAUGAGAGGUUGCACACAGAGUUACGAGAAAACAUUGAAAAACAUCUUCAAACCCUGCCUGGUGGUGCAGGUAUUGAUGAUGAUCCGCUUGUAGAAGACACAAUGGUGAGCAGCCUACAGGAACAAUUGCGGUUGGCCAAUAGGGAAAAGAACCAAGCUUUGGAAUUGUGGCAGACAGUUUCACAGGAGUUAGAUCGACUGCAGCAGAUGUACCAAGAACAUGUGUCAGAGAGUGAGCGCCAAACAUUCGAUCAACGACGUCAGAAAGAACAGCUGACACGGUUCCAACAGCUUACUCAGCAGCUUCAGUUGGCCAAUGAAAAUAUGACCACAACUAAUCAGCAGUUUGUGAAAACUGUGACUGAACAGAACGUGGAACUGGAAGUGAACCACAAAGAGCUCAGGCGAGCAAAGCUGGACAUGCGAACAGCAACAUUAAAAGUGGUGGAAAUGAACCAAAUUAUGCAAAAUUUACAGGAAGAAAUACAGAGGAAAGAUGAAGAUGUUGCAACUGCCCUCGGAAGAGAAGAAGCAUCAGACAAACGAUUGCAGAAAUUACAAUCUGCUAUAACCAAGUUAGAAGCCAGGCUACGAGUAGCUGUAGAGGAUGCAGAACAAUUACGGAAAGAAAGAUUUUGUUUUGAGAGACAAAUUGGCGCCCUACAGGCAAAAUGUGCUGAGAUGGAGGAAGAGAAAUAUGACUCAGUAGUGAAGGUUCGAGACAGCAUUCAACUCCUCGAAGAAGCAAAUUUGCAGAAAGAUCAGGCCCUGCUUCGUGAGAAACAGAAGGAUGAAGAAAUAGAAAAAAUGAAGGAAGCUGUGUUUCAAUUAAUUCAAGAAGCCGCUGCUCGAACAAGGAAAGAGGUUGAAAAUGUGAGGAAACAAUGCAAUGUGCAAAUUUCUCAUCUAGCUGAGGAUCUAUCAAUUUUACAAAUGGACAAUGCAGACAAAGAAGGUCGGAUUGCGAGAGCCAUAAGAGAGAAGCGAGCAGUGGAAGAAGAACUUGAAAAGCUUUAUCGAGAAGGCAGAUGCACUGAAGAUCACAAAAAAAUCGAUGAGCUUCACCAACGGUGUUUGAAUGCAGAGCGUGCAAAAGAUGACCUCCACAUGAGUCUACAGGGAGCACAAAGCAAAAUCCGAAAAUUUGAGAUAAAUUCAGAGGAAGAGUCAUCCCGUUGCCAAGAAAUGGUGCAGAAAUUACAGAGCAUGCUGGACUCUGUUCGUAGUGACUGUGACCAUGUCAGUGAGGAGAGAUUAAGUUUACAGCAUGAAAAUGAGCAACUUCGUAAAGAGAUGGAGGAGCUGAAGAAAGCCAGUAUGGAAACACAAAGGAAAGCAAAACAGCAGAUAGCAACUAUGGAACAUGAGUGUUCUCUGAAGGGACAUGGAUUUCAAACUCAGUUGAGCGAACUGGAGGAAACCAGUCGGAAUUCAAGCAAUGAGCUCAAACGUUUGUUAAUAGCGCAGCAGAAAGCAGCCAGUCGGUGGAGAGAUGAGGCCAGGAAACUAACCAACGCCUUUGAGGCAAAAAUAAACAAUAUGAAAACUGAGAUGAAUCGACAGAAGCAUCACUUACAGGAGAUGGUUUCCCAACUGGAGAAUGCGCAUGAGCAAAUAAUAGAGUAUGAAAAACGGCUGAUGGAAAAUCAAGAAAAGACGAACAGACUUCAAAGACGCCUGACUAAUUCGGAACACAGAGCAGCCACAGCCUCUCAGAAGCUCAGUAGAAUUACAACACAGAGAAGAAAGGACACUUCACAGGCGGAUGUUUGUCAAAGAGCAAUGUGUACGUGAAACCACUAUUCUAUCCUUGGUAUCUUGCCUCACAAUGCAAUUAGACCACAAACUUGUGAAAUGUGAUCCUCCAGGAAAGUACACUGUAUCAAACCACAAGGUGCCAAGUGAACAUGUUUUGCUUACCUGUGGGAGAUUCUACAUUGUUACUUUGCGUACAAUUUGUCUACCAAUUGUAAAUUAAUUGUAAUUUAAAUUUUUUUCACUUUUAAAAUUCAGAUUUUUCAUUUAACUUCAGAACUUAUUUCAAUUUCAGCAAAAUGUUAUCAUGAGCCCGUUGUUGUGCUGUCUGUGUUUUGCCGUCAACUUGUCUCUUUGCUAAAUUGUCACCUUGGUUACUUGAAACCAAUUCAGGCUUGACAGGUGAUCCUGCAAAAGGUUGUCGCCUCAGAGACUUGAAACACUUGGCGAUCAGAAUACUCUAGAGAUGUUCCCUUCAAAAUAAAUGGAGGAAACAGUUUGAAUUAGGAUCAUGAAAUGUAAGAAACUGUCAAAACCUUCCCUAAUGUUGCUUCCUGCUGUCAUAAACAUUUAUUGCAAAACAUUGAAACCUGGCCCCAGAUAUUCUCCGUCACUAUACAUUUGAGUGUGUUCUGAGUGUGAUGUUUGGUUGGGGCGAGGUCUCCCAGUAAAACUUACAUAAGUCGUAUCAGUCGGGACCAUCACAUUUAAUAUGACUUACGCAAAGUCCAAGUCGCAAACUGUAGAAGUCAAUAAAAUCCAAUUUACUCAAUAAUCUACACUGCUCACGCAUAAUUUAGUACAGCUGGUCAGUGCACAUGCAGUCAUUUGGCAUCACAGCAUGCGUCAAUGGACUAAGGCUACAUUUCCCACAAUUUGAUGAAGCCGGCCGGUACGUGAGCAUGCAGCGACAUUAUUUUCCUCAGUAAGGAAAUCGAAAUGGUUUUGAUAGGAAACUGAAUGGGACGCGGGUACAUGUACGACUUAGGCAUUUAUAAAGAUAUAAGACUUGUGCAAGUUUUACUGCAUUCAUUUUUCUCAUAUAAAAUAAAUCCAAAUUCCAAAGA